UACAAUGGAUGAAUCUCUAGUGUCUGCUUUGCUCCCAUCUCUGCCUAACGAAAUUGCAUUGCGAUGCCUUGUCAGACUGCCUCUUCGCAACAGAGCCAUCGCCUCCUGCAUCUCCCGAGCGUGGGCGAAUGCAUGCAAAAACAAAUCUUCAAUUACAUCUCUUCGCUGUUCUCUCAAUCUCCCACCAGAAUAUUGUAUUUUCAUUGCAGUUUUUGACAGCAGAUUCGAUGGAGACUACGUCCAUGCAACUCAGCAUAAUACGAAAUGGCUGCUGGUCGACCCUCUCAGCCUUGGGGCCCAGGUUUUACCCAAUCCCUUCUCUGCAAUAUCUGUUGAAAUAAAUCUCUGUAGCGCAGCCACCAAUGAUCGGCUCUUUCUGCCGCAAGUCAAUCAGACAAAAGAAGGGUUUUUUUCAUACGAUAUUGGGGCGGGCCAAUGGAAGUCUGUAGAGUUGCCCCCCGGAAAACGCUGCAGGAGAUUUUGCUGCGCCGGAAUGAAAGAAUUUGUCUACCUUUGUGGCGGGCAAAUACAUUUCACCGGGGAAGCUUCUAGAAGCGCUUUUCAAUACGACAGCCGAAACAAUCAAUGGGAAAAGCUUCCCGAUAUGAUCAUGCCAAGAAUUAAUUGUGCAGGUGUGAGCAUGAAUGAUAAAUUCUACGCUAUAGGAGGAUAUUGCCAUUCCCCUGGAGGUGCUCCCCAGAUUCAUGUUUCGGCAGAGAGAUUCGAACCCGAGACCGGCCAGUGGACACUGAUGCCCAAUUUCUGCGCAAAAGGGUUAAGAUAUGCGGAGGAUUCGGCCAUCACAGAAUCUGAUUUUGCUGUUGUGGAGAAUAAGAGGCUAUUUGCGGUGCAACCUCAGUCGAACGAGGUUAUGGAGUUGGAUGGUGUGAAGGAGGAAUGGAGGCAUGUGGGAUACAUUGGAGGCGUUUGUGAGAUGCGUGAUUGUGGGACUAAUUAUAAAAUCCUGGGAGUUGGAAGUGAGGUGUGGGCGAUCCAGUAUAGGGUGGGGAAAUCAAUAAAGAUUUAUUCGUCCAAGCCAGGAGAAUUAGAGAGUUUAAUAUGGAGGCAAAUUGAUUUUGGAGGAUUAGAGAGAUUCGAUCAUGUUUUAACGUGCACGACAUUCGAAGUAUAGUUGUUGAACAAAAUGUUUUUCAAUGCAAUUAGAUUGUGUGAGUAGUGAGUGAAUAGUACCUAGUAGCAGUAAAAGAAUAUAAAUCUGUUUUUAGCCAAUGGAAUGUUUGAGACCCCGGUGACUUUAAUGUUUAACCUUGAUUUGGUAUGUAUUUCUGUGCAUUUGAUU